AUGUAUUUUCAAGAGUGCUUUCCGAAAACAGAAGAGGAGUGGCAGAAGCCAGGCUGCUACCAGGACGGACAGCAGGCAUCGAAAUGCAGCAGUUCAUGCAGCCGCAUUAAAUGGCUUCACUGCCAAGGCAGGGGGCAGGGGGAGACAGAGGACAGGAGGACCAAUCUGGAGCAGGGCCAGGCACACAACGGCCACACGGUGCUCUCCAGCCUGCCCCUUCAGAUGCUGCUCUAUUUCAACGUCUUCUUCCUCCCCUUCUGGUGUCUGUCGGAGGCCGUGAUGCUGGAGCUGAAGUUUAGCUUGCUACCCCUUUACUACCAAUGCUUGCUGGUUGCUGCGUACCUGACAAUUGUCGGAGUGGAAUCCGCCCGCCUUUUCCUUGGAUACGUUGGGAAUUUGCAAGAAAAGGUUCCAGAGCUGGCUGGAUUCGUCCUCCUGUCUUUCGUCAUUGAGAUGCCCGUCUUGCUGUUCAUCCUGACGGACCAUCAGGUGAUCCGGAUGCCUCUGGAAAUGGCGGUGCAUGGCGUCCUCCUCUGCUUCCUCACCUCGGAGAUCGUGGCCGCUUCCUUUGCCCUCAAAGACAUGGCCAAGCACCUGGCCAGGCAGUUCUACCUGAUGCAGUUUGAAGGGCGUCCAGGCAGAGUUCGGCACCAGGAGUUCUGUGAGGGGAGCCAACAGCUCUGA